UGGAGGGGAAGCCUGUUCAAUCAAUGGGCGAUAUGGCAAGUGUCUAUAAAGUAGCGUAGCUCUCCGUUUUGUGUUUGUUUUAGUUCUACAUUGACUCGAGGUAGCUGUGGAUUGGUGGUGGCGUGGAGUCCAGCCUGGCAUCUCCAGUCAGAUGUGGAGGCCCAGGAGGGAGAACAUGAUGCUCCUCUUGAAGAAGUCAGUCCAACAAACUAACUGGCUUGUGACGACGAUGCCCAGUCGAAGAUCCUGGGAUUGAUACGUAAAUCCCUUUACGCUGAUGGCCUGGACUGAGUUUCAGCUGGCCUGCUGAAGCUAUGGGGAGCUGUUGGAGCUGUCUGUACAGAGACCCCAUCCGAGACAACCAUCUCACCAAAUUUAAGGUCACCAAUGUGGACGAUGAGGGCAACGAGCUCGGUUCUGGGAUCAUGGAGCUUACCCAGACCGAGCUCAUUCUUCACACGCGUAAGAGAGACGCCAUCCGGUGGCCGUAUCUUUGCCUGCGCCGCUACGGCUACGACUCCAACCUGUUUUCUUUUGAGAGCGGUCGUCGCUGUCAGACUGGGCAAGGAAUCUUUGCAUUCAAGUGCUCCCAGGCAGAAGAGAUCUUCAAUCUGCUUCAGGAGCUAAUGCAAUGCAACAGCAUCAACGUGGUGGAAGAGUCUAUGAUGAUUAGUCGCAGUGGUCACACACCAGAGAUGGAAAUGUCUCGCACACCACAGACUCCCAACACUCCAGCGUUCCCUGUCCAGGCUUUCCCCAAUGGAUACCCUGGUUAUCCAAUCAGAGCAGACUCCUCCCAACCCUCUCUUGCUGAUGAUCAUGGACAUAGCCUCAUGGGUUUGGAAGACCAGACCCACACCUAUGUAAAUACUGUUAGUAUGGAGGGGGAUCUCUCGAUGCGUCACUGUGUGCACUCCCUGCCCGAGGUGCGGCCCGGCUCUUUCCCUGAAACAACACGAGGAGCCAUGCCUAUCGGGGGUCAAGGAAAUCCCCCGUCAAACUUGCGGUGCUGUCCCCUGGAGGAGCAUAAUGAUCCUCAGGUGUUCUUACAGCCGUCCUCGCAGGAGGUCAAAUUCAUGCUUGGCCCUACUCCGGCACAACGCCAUCUCCUGGAGAGAGACAGGGAGAGGCACGGGCACAAUCCUCACAGCCUUCAACCAGUAGAGGGUGCAACAGGCUCAGAGAUGGAGGUGGACGAGUCCUCUGUGCGCCUCUGCAACUCUCACUCCUAUCACCAUUUCCAUCACCGCGCGCAUCGGCAACCAGGCCUUGAGCACCCGGGCAGCUGCCAGGGCGGCGAACUCACCUACGAGAACAUCAACGGGCUGAGGAGUGGCCGCAAGCAGCGGCUGAGUCCCAGCAGCGUGUCGCAGUCUCUGGGUUCAAGCAGCAGCAGCAGCACUGGGGACAGUCACACCCACUCCCUCCUGCACCCACACGCCCUCGGCCCGUCCUCUCUGCCCCCGCAGGGCUACGCCUUCGAGAGGGGCGUGGUUGGAGGUCAUCGUCGGACCGCUCUGCUGAACUACGAGAACCUGCCCUCUCUGCCGCCGGUGUGGGAGUACAGCGCUCUGCAGCGGGACGACGAACAGGAGGAGGAAGAUGAUGAGGAGGAAUACGAGGAAGAGGAGGAGGACUUUGACGAGUGUGAGUUCUCAGAGGGCCCUGGGACUCCCAACGGGUAUCACCAGGAUGGUCGGGGCAUCCACAGAGAUGCCCUGCAGAACUAUGUCAACACAGAGCAGGUCCAACCCCGGCUCCGGCACGCCUGCCCCCCGCAUCCACGGCCCUGUCAGCCAGACAGAGGGGGGCGAAUAUUUAGCUUUGAUUUCCGCAGACGAUCAAGGUCAGGGGUCGGAGGCUGUGAGCACGGCCACAUGCCUCCAUCCCGGCAGCUGAAUUACAUCCAGGUGGACCUAGAGGGAGAACCUCCCUGCCAAUCCCUCAGCAGCGGGGGUGCCCAGACCCAGCCACAGCACCAGCGCCUACCACCCAAAAAAUGUGGCCCACAGGCACCCCGGCGCAGUGAAUGCUACGCAGUCAUCGACCUAAAGAAGACUGCUGCCAUGUCCAACCUGCAGAAAGCUCUGCCCAUGGAUGAUGGGACUUCCAGAAAGACUCGCCACAACAGCACAGACCUGCCUCUGUAAACGGUGUUCAAACUGAAGAGAAAAGAUGAAGACAGACGAAGACUUAUCCUUAUCUUAGCACACUGGACCCUUCACUGUCAUCCAUCCAUUCAACUGUCGGGCUGACUAAUAUGGUACAGGUACCUAAUUAGAACCUUAUUGAAACCUAUCUGUGGGUAUAAAAGGAAAUGAGAAAUCUCUUAAGAGAAUUUGCCAUUUUAUUCUGUGUUAUUUAUUAGAUAUGUGUGUUUGCAGUGUUUUCUGCACAUAUGUUUGCUGGAGAUAUAUAUAUAUAUAUAUAUGCGUAUAUAUAUGAGAUUUUAUCCUUAUAAAUUGUGAGGCUAUAAUCGUAGUCAGAUUUGGACUUGGAGCAGAGACCUCUGUUUUCAAUGGAAGCUGUCAUUGCCAUACUGUAUCAGAACAUUUAAAUUCAUUAACCCAUAUCCACUCUAUAUUAUUGUUCCUAUAAUUUAGUUAUUCGACAACAAUGUGGCUUUUUAUUCAAAUCCAAUGAAAAAAUAGAGUAGUUGUUGACAUGAAGGUUAAUGGUUCAUCCAAGAUGCUGGCCAAUAUUCAUACCUCAUCACAAGCAUUUUAAGUCUGAUAUUGUGGCUGGUAGAAGAGACCAUUAUUUGUUAUUAUAUGCCGAUAUAGCAUUUUGCACACAAUCCUAUGGAAUUGUAUUUCAUCAUAUUUUAGGGAAUGGUUUCGUCCGGUCCAAUAAUUAUAUGAACAGAAGAGAUGGUGAUAUUAGCAGAAGUAUACGAAACUGAAUGAUGGUAAAAGUAGCACACAUGGAUUAAACGAGCUUUGCUCUCUCCUAUCCACAUGCAGCAAAAUGAAAAAGUAGCAUAUCAUCUUCGAUCACACCUACUGCACAUCAUCCCAGACCGGCAGGAGGUCCACGCAGUUUACGCUUGUCACGUUGCACUUUUGACCCUGGGCCACUGAAACGCUCUUUGUCUCCACUGGAGCCACAGGACCGUGUCCUUUUUACCAAAAGCAGGGGGCCAAAUAUUUCAGAGACAUUUAUAGUCAGAAUCAUAGAUAGGAUUUAUUUACAUGUUUUGAUGGAGACAUCGACAACCUCAAAUAGUGGCAUUAAGCUAUAACCUCACAUAAAAAGUGCUGAAUCUAUAAUUUGUCGGUUAUCAGUUGUGAAUGAUCUGUUUUUAAAGGGUAAUCAAGUUUGUCGCAAAGUCAUGCAGUGACAAUUUUUGUGAGACUAUAAUCAGUCAGUUUUGUAUCUAUUUAUUUAUUUAUUAAUUCUUUAAUUUCAAGUUGUGAUAUUUGUUUUCUAUUUGAUGACCAGCGUUUUGUAAUCCAGUUGGUAAUAUGGAGACCAAAGUUUCACCUCAAAUUGUCACUGGACUCUGCUGUAUUACUGUUAUUACUGUGCUUAAUUAUAUUUUAAAAAGGAAAGAAAAAUACAAAGACUAUAAAUAUUUGAAGUGCCAAAACAUAUUUCCAAACUGUAUGAUUAAUAAAAUCAAAUGUGCCAUUAGGAUUUGUAGAAAACAAUAGAACAGAAAGGCAUGAGGUGAUAACAGUGAGGACACACACUUUUAGAAAAAUCCCAACUUUUUAAGGAUAGAAUAACGGCACAUUCCACCUCAUCCGCAUUGACAUCCAUUUGGCAGCGAGAUAUAAGAAUGGUAAUCUUGUAGUCUGAUCAUCACAGCCAGGGUGGUUUUAUGCUGCUACAUGUACAUACUAACAGUAGCCGGUUGAAGCUACAGGUACUUGUCAAAAUGAAACUGUUUUUAUUGGAACCUAUGCGAUGUCAGAUCUUUUACCAUAUGUUUAAUUGCUAAUAGAAGUAGCAUUGUUGUGUUCUUCUGAGAUUAUUUCUGAGAAGUAGACAUUUUGUAUGUACCAUUUCAGAGAAUGUUGAAUUUGGCUAAUACUUCAUUUCAGUGAUUGCUUUCUUGACAAACUGGCUGUCUGAUAGGAGAGGUAACGGAAGCACAGGCCGACUGAUGCUUUCAUCUUUUCAAGGUGAUAUUUUCAUCUGACAUAGGAUGGUAAAUUGUUUGAGAGUUACGGAUAGCAGGGGCAUUUAGCUAUAAAUGCUACAAAUGCUCAAAUUCUGAUAUGGAGGUUUUUUUUGGCUUCCGUGGGACAUGAGGUGCAAAUCAAAGAUGCUUUCUUUAAAUUCAAUCAAGCAAAAAAACAGCUUCGAGUUUGUGAUCGAUGCUAUAUAGAUAUUUACAUUGCAUACAUUUUAUUAAGCGUUUUUACAUUAUUGAUUCAUCUUGAAAUCUUUUGGUGGAGUAAUUGGUUAAUUGUUUGGUCUCUAAAAGGUUCCGUCAAAAUGUUCCUAAACUUAAAGUUAAACCUUCAAAUUGCUGGUUUUGUCUGACUAACAAUUGAAAACCAUAAAGUAUUCCAUUUACAAUGAAAAAGAAAAGCAAGACAAUUGGUACUUGAGUAAUUAAUCAAUGAAAUAUUUCAGUGCUACUGGUUAGAUGGUAACAAUAAUGUGAGAGUUUCAGUUUCUGAUGAACAUUCCUAACCCAGAAGCUUUAAAAAACCCACAAUAAAAAAUUGAUGGUUUGUAUUUUUGCUUGAUUGUCUUAUGACAUUUAAAAAAACAAGUAUCUUCUAUAGCAAACAGGCCAACUUUUAGUGGACAUUUUUGACUGUAUUUGCAAAGAUAUUGUCAUGAAACAUUGAACGGAUGUUUACAUUUUUGCAAUAAUAGGUGAAUCAUUUUUUUGUCAAUCUAAUUCAGACCAAUGUGUAAAGUGUGAAAUUUAAAUGGUAGUCUAUAGAGAUGUGGGCUUAGUGUAUUUAAUCGCCUGUUCUUCUGUGAAUCAGCAGUCUUAUUUUUUAUUUCAGGCACAAUGUUUACUUUUCAAUCUUCAGCUAUGAUAGUAAAAAAAAAAAGAAGAAGAUUCCUGUUCUCUUGAUUGUCAAACACUGUGUUUGCUUAAACUCACAUUAACAGUGCCAUACAGUAGGUGGCUAUUGCCAGUACUUUGAUUACAUUUCAUUGUAUUAAUCUUUUCAAACCAGUGGCGAUGUUUCAUACAGGAAUCAGAAAGUGGUUCAUCUAAUUUCUCAGAAUAUUGUUCCAUGUGGUUUUAUGGUCAUUUGAAAGAAAUAUCCAUGUUGAAAUGUGUUAACAAUCUUUGUUAUAACGCAGUAACCUCACCACCACCCAACUUAGUUAACAGUGAUCAUUAACACUACUGUGUUUACUGAUUAAUAAUCAAAAUUAAUAGAUGUGUUCAAUAAUUGCUUUAAAAAAACGCUCAUGUGCUCUCAUUGCACUCGAGUGCUCCCACGCCAUAAAUGAAGUUGUUGUCACCUUUAGUGUUUAUGCUCACGGCGUAAUUCACACAGGUGUCGGUGAAACAUGCAGCGCUCACGGGUACGAUUCGUUCUGCAGGGCAAGUGGCUAAAUGUCGAGGUCACUUCUCCUAUCAGUAAGUUCCCCAAACUGAAUUUAUUGAAUGGGUUGUUUAACAAAAGGGCUUGCUCUGUGUUUACUGUACAAACAUGAAACGCCAUGUAGUCCAUUAAAAAAAAAGAAGAAGCUCUUA